ACAAGAAAAAAAUCAAUAUGGCGGCGUAUCGUACGACGUGAUCUGUCAGCUGUAAUAAUUUUACUUUCUUUGUGAUUAUUACGAUUAAUUUAAAGAUGUUACGUUAAGUUUUUGUACGCAAAAAUGGGUGCGAAAGACUCUAAACCAAGUUUCAUAUCGUACGAAGAUGCAGCCCGCCGAGUAUCCGAUAGUGAGCUCCGGCGUAUUCGGGAAGCGUUCAAGCGAUGUGCUAGUGGUAACGGAGCCACCCUGAGCCUAGAGGCGUUCGUGAACGAGGUGCUAUGCGGCGGGGUCCCUCAGGAGGUGGCGGAGUGGCUUUUCGCGGCCUGCGGGGGCACGCGCCGCGGCAUCGCCUUCCGCGAUCUGCUCUGCGGCAUCGUCGUGCUCACCAAGGGCAGCAUCGACGAGAAAAUCAAGUUCCUGUGGACGCUGUACGUGAAUAAUCAGCACGAGAAUGGCAUGUACAUAUACAAGUGGGACUUCGCCCGCACCCUGCAUCUGGAGAACAGUUCACUGCCAAUUACAAACGCCCCAAAGACUGCUGAGAUUCUCACAGGGUUGUUUGGUGCUGGAGACAAAGUGACGUAUGAGCAGUUCCGGUCAUGGCUGCUGAUGCACCGGGAUGCCACCGUGCUGUCCAAGUGGCUGCUGUCGGACCGCAACUACAGCUCUGCACAAGAUCUGGAGACCCCCACCUUCUACCAAAGCCUUGCUGGAGUCACUCACCUAGAGGAAAGGGACAUAAUCGAGCUAGAGAAAUGCUUCUGGUCGCUCCGCAACGCGGCUCCGACGGGGCAGCUGGACGCGGCGUCGCUGUCCCCGCUGCUGUCGCCGCCGCUGCCCGCCGCCGCCGUGCCCGGCUUGUUCCUCGCCUUCGACGAGAACCGGGACGGACAUGUGGACUUUAAGGAGCUUUGUUGUGGGCUGAGUGCCGCUUGCAGGGGGCCUAAGACUGAGCGGCUCAAGUUCUGCUUCAAGAUCUUCGACCGGGACCGGGACGGCGUGCUCAACCGGCAGGAGCUGGCGGACAUGGUGGGGGUGCUGUGCCUCGUGGCCAACGAGGCACAACGCGACCAGAGCCGCGCCUCCACGCCCGACAGCCGGGACUCGCCGGAGAAACUGUUUGAUCCUGAUGUCACGAUUGCCCACCUGAAGGAGAAGCUAGUCCACGCGCCGAGGCACCACAAGCCGGUGUUCCAACUAGGACCGACGCUCGAAGACAGCAUCGAAGUGGACAAAGUGACAGUGGACAGUGACAGUGUAAUCGAAGUGCCAGUGGAAAGUGACAGUGAAGUGUUUGGUGCGGUGUUAGCUCUGGAGGACUUCCUGAUCUGGAGCGUGGAGUCGGCGGAGGAGCUGCUGGGCCCGUUCCUGGAGGUGCUGGUGGGCGUGUGCCACGUGGUGCUGGGCCUGCGCCCGCAGUGCCGACACCAGGAGAGGGAUAUCGUGCUAGGCUGGCUCCGUCGCUCCCUAGCGCGCGGCAUGGCGGUGGGCCAGUUCUGGUACCUGGUGUGCGCGCAGUGGUGGGCCGCGUGGGGCGCCCACACCGCCGCGCCCGACGCCUGCUGCCCCGCCGGCGACCCGCCCGUGGACGACAGCUUCACUACCAACUCUACUGAGUCGAUGGGCUCGCUGCUGUACCGCUGCGACAGCGCCUCUCUCGACAGCAGCAGCAGCGGCGUGAGCAGCGCGGGCGGCGCGCGCGCCCCCCCGCCCAUAGACAACGCGAGGCUGCUGGCGCCCUCUACCUGCAAGGUCCGCACGCUGACGGGCGAGGGCGGGCACCUGCGUCGUGACGUCACACUCUGCCAGGGCCGGGACUUCGAGCUGCUGCCCGACGCACUGUGGCGCGCGCUGGCCUUGUGGUACGGGGGCGGGCAGCCGCUGCCGAGACAGGUGAUCAGACCGCCGAACUCUGACGUGGAGCUAGAGCUGUAUCCGCUGCAGCUGAAGAUCCUGCGACACGUGCAAAGUCCGCAGACAAUGAACAACAGCGUAGUGGGCGUGGGAGGAGCGGCGCUGUACAGCUCGGUCCCGCUCGCGCCCGCGCCGCCGCAGCGCCAGCUCGCCUACACCGCCGCCUUCUCGCGCCUCGCCACCGUCGGACAGGUGUGCGAGUUCCUCUGCACCACCCUCCACUUAGCCCGCGAGGACAUGCGGCUGUGGCUGGUAUCGCCCUCGCAGUCCGUGCUGCUGGACGACGACCUCACCACGCUGCAGCAGCUCACCGCGCUGCAGGAGCAGCCCGCGGGCAGCACCGUGCUGCUCGAGCAGCGCGCCGCCGACCGCGCCUGGCCCGAGGAGACCGGCCUCGUCAGCAUGAACCCGAGCGGCGCGGGCGGCGCGCGGCGCGGCACGUGGAUGGCGCCCGACCUGCCCGGCGCCACCGGCCUGCACAACCUGGGCAACACGUGCUACAUGAACGCAGCGCUGCAGUCCGUAUGGAACACGGGCCCCCUCACCCGCUACUUCAACUCGGGCAUGCACCUGUACGAGGUGAACCCGCGCAACCCGCUCGGCACCCGCGGCGCGUUGGCGCUGCGCUACGGGGAGCUGUGCAAGCAGGUGUGGUCCUGCCGCUCGCGCUCCAUCGCCCCACUGCGCGUGCGCGGCGCCGUGUCCCGCUGGGCGCGCGGGCUGGCGGGCGGCGGCCAGCACGACGCGCAGGAGCUGCUGGCCUGGCUGCUGGAUCAGCUGCAUGAGGAUCUGAACAGGGCAGCACCGGCUACUGGCAUGGGAGGGGGAGGGCAGGAGCCGGCAGAGAAGAAAGACCAGAUAGCGGCCACGACGGCGUGGGAGCAGCACACGGCGCGGAACAAGUCCAUCGUCACUGAGCUCUUCUACGGACAACUCAAGUCCAAGGUGCGCUGCGACACGUGUGGCCACGAGUCGGUGCGCUUCGACGCGUUCAAUAUGCUCAGUCUACCGCUGCCGCUCGAGAGCGCGCUGCAUGUCACUGUCAUAGUGAUCCUGCUGGACGGGUCAGUGCCGGUGCAGUACGGGGUGCGCGUGGCCGCGGAGGGCACCGUGCUAGACCUCAAGCGGAGCGUGGCGGAGCGGAGCGGACUGCCGCCCGACAAGAUGCUGGUGGUGGAGAGCGCGAGCGCGACGCUGGGCCGUGCCUUAGACGACAGCACGCGGCUGCGCCAGCGCGCCUACACCCUGUACGAGGUGCCGGCCAGCACCGACGCAGUGGAAGACACCUCUCUCCUGGACCUGUAUGAACCGGCGCCGCCCGCGGCCGAGGUGAGUGCGCCGCGCUCCGCGCUGUGCAUGCCCGCGCUCUUCUGCUUCAAGCGUUCCCGCUCAGAGAUCCUAAUGUCCCAGAGCCCGCCCGGCUUCUACGAGCCACGCCCCUCGCACACCACAGCCAAUGACGUGCGUUGCAACACCCUGCCCGAGCCACGCCCCUCGCAAACAUUAACCAAUGACGUGCGCUGUAACACGCUACCCAAGAACCUACGCCCAGGCGGCAACUGCUCGCCGACUCUGAGCGUUAAGUCGCUGAACUUACGGCCCAACUCGCCUCGCCUCGGCAAGGCCAAGUUCGGGUCGUCUCCCUCUAACAUGCACCAACUGAAUGAGACGAAGAGAGAGGUGCCGGUCGGGGAGAUACAUUACUUGGUCGCUGUGCAUCGCAAACAAUGUCGCCUAGACUCGUACUUCCUGCCGUCCCAGCGCUGCCGGCCGGCUCUAUUCGGCGCGCCCCUGCUGGUGCCGGUGGGAGCGGGGGGCGCGGGGGGCGGGGGGCGCGCGCUGUACGCCGCCGUGUGGGCGCAGGUGCGGCGGCUGCUGUCCCCCCGCCCGCCCCGGGCGGAUACCAGCAACCAUGCUGCUGAUUGCGACGACAGCCUCGGCUACGAGUACCCGUUCACGCUGCGUCUGGUGGACCGCGGCGGCAUGUGGUGCGGCCGCUGCCCCUGGAGCCGCCUGUGCCGCGGCUGCCCCAUCGCCAGCCACCCGCCAGCAGGCACGCCCCUGAGUGAGAAGCGCGUGAGUUCGACGGCGAGCGUGGAGUCGGACACGGACUCGGGCCUGCCCGACAAGCACAGCCGCCAGUACAGCUCGGACGGUUGCUCCCCCUGCGCCAGCGCCAUCUCCUCCUUAGACCUGGGGCUGCUGCAGGCGCUGCGGCGCCGCGGCCGCGAGCCCGCGCUGGCCGUGGACUGGGACCCCACCGCGCUGCAUCUGCGCUACCAGACCACACGGGAGAAGGCGUACAUAGAGCACUCGUCGGUGCGCUCGGUGGCGGCGGAGGCGGCGCGGCCCAUCGACCUGGACCACUGCCUGUCCGCCUUCACCGCGGAGGAGCGGCUGGAGCAGCCCUACCACUGUGAUGGGUGUCGGAGCGCCCAGCCGGCGACGAAGAAGCUGCAGAUAUGGCGGUUGCCGCCUAUAUUGAUAGUCCACCUGAAGCGUUUCCAAUACGUCAACAACAAAUGGAUCAAAUCCCAAAAGGUAGUCAACUUCCCGUUCGAAGACUUCGACCCGACGGCCUACCUCGCCUCCGUGCCUCAAGAGACCAUCCUCAGACACAAGGAGCUGCUGAAACGAACCUCAACUUUCCACGAGGACCCCAUCAGCGAGAGCGAGACAGACGACGAGGCAGAGCGAGACGGUGACAAGCAAGACGUCAAAGACAACCACGUCAAGCCGAGAGAAAAGAGACAGCGCGAUCCGAUGGAGACACGAGCGAGGAAGAGGCUAGAGUCGAGCAGCCUCGUGACCACGCCCGUGAUGGACGACAACCUCAUCGACUACCACCAACACCAUCUGCUGAAGGGACAGGAUGCCUUCGACCUCAAGUAUAGGCUGUAUGCUGUUGUGUCGCACUCAGGCCAGCUAUCAGGCGGGCACUACGUGGCGUACGCGCGCAACCCGUCCGGCGCGUGGCUCUGCUACAACGACUCGUCGUGCCGGGAGCUGCCCGCGCCGCACAUCGACCCUGCCACCGCUUAUCUGCUGUUUUACGAGCGCCAGGGCCUGGACCCUGAUAGGUACCUGCCUGAUGUGACCGGGAAACAGCCUGUGAGUGACCCAGAGUUGCUGGAUCCGGAGGAUAGCGAUUUGAAGAAAAUGUGCAGUGUCAUGUGACUUGGCCAGUAACUAGGCCAGUGGUGGACCAGGCCUAAAGACCCGUGCCCUGGUAGUGGGGACUUAAUGGGUCGUGAUGAUGUGACUUGUGGGCAGGAGUAAGGACUAGUCUGUUUGUGAAGCUACAGGGUUAUGGUGAGUGGACAGAGAUAUUUUUGAGUUGUGAACAUUACGGGUUAGUUGGGUAUUGGUUGGUAGGUGAAGAAGGUAUUGCUUGUGAUAUUGGCAACUGAACAAAUUACGACUGGAUAGUGAUAUAUAAAUAUUUUUGUAAAUGGUUUAAAAGUAAUGCGAUGAAGCAAGGCUGAUAAAGACGUUUGCAGAGUGAGUCACAAUAGGAUACCAGUGUGUAGAUAAACAGUAAAAAUUUCACUUUAUAUAGAGUGAAAGAAUUGCCUGUCUUUUUCAAAUGAUUGGAGAAAUUGGUAGGUACAAAGAUAUUUUGUAUCUAAGGACAUUAUGAGGCCUAUACGAAUAGAUACGGUCAAAAGGAUCCCAUAUCUUUUAACUCUCAAUACUUACCAAAUAAUUUGCAUUCAGUGUCCAAUUUUUAUGACAUUCCCAAAUACUGUAAUUUAAAUUAUUGUUGAAAAGCUUGAAGUCAUGAAUAAAAUGCCUAAAGAGGGUUUUUGUUAGAAAUUGUUGCUUUAAUUGUUAUAGUAGUGUAAUAUUGCAUUCCUUUGUUAAAGGCUUUUAAAAGUGAGACAGUAUAAUAUGUAAAUAUAAAUAGAAUUUGCAGUAAGUGUAUAUUAUAGCUCAUAUUACUUAAUAUACAGUAUAUUUCUGUACUGCCAUGUUGUUGAUAAAUGGGUUACAAAAUUUUGAGUGAUAUUAUUCUUGACAAAGGCGUACUUAAUAUUCAGUGCGUUUUUUUUACAAUCAAGACAUUUAUAUUUUAUUUUCAAGCCAAACUCAAUUUUAUUUCGGUGACACUAAAUUAUAAUUUAUCUUCUGUUAUUGGGUUUAAAAUGGCACCCUUACUUUUUAAGUACAAAUUGUACUCUAAACAAAUCAUUGGAAUCAUUAGUGCCUUUUAAAUUUUUGAACACAAAAAGGACAGUAACUACCAUUAUACACACAAACUGAAUUUCGAAUGAUGAUGAAAUUGAAUUGCCAGUAAAGGCCUAAGUAUAAUUUUUGGUGAACACUGCUGCACUAGAUGCACUGGCUGCUUAUCUACUUGAAGAAGCAAAUGAGUGUUAAGUAAUAGCACCAAAAGUAGUAUAGUAUAUUUAUUUAACAAACGAGUACUGAUUAUGUAUGUCUUUAGCACAUUUCCGAUAGUGACAGAGUGAGAUGGGUAAUUGUAAGGGCGGGGCUAACGCUUUUGUUCUUUUGUUCGGACCAAUAACAACGCAGUAAAAAACAUUUCAGUACUCGUUUGUUAAAAUAAAUAGACCAUAGUAACAUUUAUUUUAUAUUAAAGAAUAAUAAGAUAUAACUAUUGUAAUGGAGACUGACGUGAAGUAUGAUACUUGAUGUGAUGUGCUAUAAAAAUUUUACUCAUGAUCUUUUAUUAUUAUAUUUAAUAAAUAGUUAAUAUAUUCAGCAUAUAGGUAACAUAAUUUUAUAGUACGAGUAGUUAAUUUAAUCAUUAAAAUCUUAUUGUUUCUGUUUCAUAUUCAUUCUGUUAACUCUCGUAUUCAUACAUAAAAUAUAUCAGAAAGAUCAAAAAGUCAUACUACUUUAAAGUUUUUUCAUUUGUAAACUUGCACACGACUAUAAGUUUUAUGAAUAAGAUUUUUUUUUAAUAUAAAACAUUUUAGUAAGUAGGUACUUUUAAAAUUUUACGUUAUUGGACAAAGCGGGCUUUAUUUUCUGAAUGGGCUCAAAUUUAUUGUUAGAAUAAUAAUCACAGCUUUAGUAAAAAUUGUGUAGUGUGAAUAAGUAUUUCUGUUGAUGAUGAUGAAAAAAACACUAUCGAUUUUAUUUCACACACGAUUUAUGAUUGUUCAAUUUAGUGAACGCCAGGAGAAGAAUAGCGUAACUAAAUUUACUUUGAAUUAAAUUCUUACUUCAGAUGGAAUCGAAUCAUAAUAUUUUGUAUGAUAUCUUUACUGAUUUACUUACAUACAAGGCAACUGUGAAAGUGUGUAAGUUUCACAUAAGUAAUAUAUUCAUAGAUAUUAUUUCUGCCAGGUUCUAUAUGGAGGCAGCGCUUUCCCAAUGCUGUAGCCACAGUGUAUAUUUUCUAUUAUUUUGUAUAUAGGUACCUAUUAUAUUUUGUAUCAUGUUGUACGUACGUUGAUUAGUGUCGUCUAGCUAUACAGGCUGCGUGUGCCAUGAACAUUGUUUCUCGUCAAACUAUUCCAUGCCAAAGCUAAAGUUGAUUAUUGGUUAAUAAUGUUGAAAAUUUAUUUUUGGUCACAGUUUUGCACGGAACACACCUAUCUACUAUAUUUCUAGAAUGUAGAAUAAAAUCUAUAAAGUUGAUCUUUAGUUACUUUAUUUAAAUAAUGUGUUAAAUGCUAUUCUGACUUGUAUAAUGAAUAGCUGCUGUAUGUAUAUUGAAGUAUUCGUGCAAUUAAUUAUAUAUGAUUUAAUUGUUACUCUUUCAUGUAUUUAUUUAAUUCUUACAAUAAAUUAUACUUACUGGUCUCUUGUUAUAUUCGUAUACGUAUAAAAUAAAAUACAUGUGCAAAAAAUCCAG